AAGACAUUCAGCAGGGACGGAGAGUUAGCGAACAGCGUGUGUUGUAUUCGUGCAGGCAAUCAUAUUACUUUGGUGGACUAUGAACAAAGAGUUUAACAAGGAGAGCAGACGACACUGGUAAAAGUGCCAUGUCAAAGGAAGCAGUAAUGCAGAAGUUUUUGGCGGUUGUGGCGGUGCUUGGAGCUAUCAAUCUUUUUGUAUUCCUUGUUUCGUGGAAAGGACUUAAUACAAAGCCUCAAUGUUCCCUCAACAGUUUUCUUCAAAUGUCAGCAAAUUUCAUAGCUAGCAAUGGCAAGCAUUCUAUAACAGAACAUCUAUCAGAAUCGUGCCCUAAUUCAUUUCUUGAAAAAGAAGCAGCGUCCAUUAUCGACUUCCGAAAGACGGUCAGAGAUUUAAUUCACGAAUGUAACUCUCGGAGGUUAUUGUUCUCUCCACACGGGCAAAUCACUACUCAACCAAUACUUACAUUGUUUACAUCAUGGAUAAACGAAAAACACGUGCAUGAAGUUCACAAAAAGACAUUAGCUAACUGGAGUAGAUUUUCACCAAAGUUUACUCUAGUUUUAUUUACAAACGAUAGUGUUUUAUCCACUCAAGCAGAAGAAUAUGGUUGGAAGACGUAUCCCAUCAUGGACCACGCGGCUGGCGGGGCUCCGGUGUUAAAAGCAAUGUUUCAGACCGUGAUAGAAAACAUAAACUCAACAUUUUAUGGUUAUGCCAAUAGUGAUAUCUUGUUUACGGAUGCAUUACCCGACUCCCUUGAUUUGAUCGCACAGAAAUUCAAGUCUCCAACAUCUGUGUUUAUAUCUGGUAUCAGAACAAAUGUACCUAACGUAUCCCUCAAAGAAGCCGCUUCAUUUCCCAACAUAGCAGCAGCGGCCAAUGUACGAGGGAAGCUUUUCGAAAUCCAUUCUGCGGAUUAUUUUUUCACAACAAAAUGGUUUCCGUGGGCGGAUGUACCGCCGCUUGUGAUUGGUCGACGUGCUUAUGAUAACUAUAUAGUAUCACACGCGCGAAGAAUUAAAGCGACCGUCAUAGAUGCAACGGAAACGGUUCCGGCUAUUCAUCAAACAACAGCCAAAGGGAACCAGGAGGGUAUUACACGCCCUGAUGCUGAUUAUAACGACAAGUACCUUGUGAGACUAGGAAUUACUCCGAAGUACGAAAGCGGAUUUGUUACAUGUGCCGAGUGGAAAUUAUAUGAAACACUCUGUGGUGAUAUAGACAUUGUGCAAAGACAAUCAUUACCAAAAUACUGUGCCAUACAGUAAAAUAAUACUGUCUCGCUUUUUAUAAUGGAUUUAUAACUUCAUUCCAGACCGAUCUCCAAUGUGCUUCUAUUAGACUGUCCAUUUGAUUUUCGCAUACUAUGCUUAUGAUUUUUUUUUUAAAUCGUAGUCUUGAAGCGUUUUAAUGUUGUAACUACAUGUACCACUUAUGUAUAAUUGUAUAUAACUACAUGUACAAAUGUACCACUUGUGUAUAAUUGUAUAUUUUUCGUCAACGAAUAUAUGUAACCUCUGGCAUUGUCCCAUCUUUUAAAUGCUUCUCAUUCUAUUGCUGUGUGAUAUUGAUAGUUAAUGUGAUAAACACGUAUUUCUGUUAGUACUGCUUUUCAAUAUUUACAGAGACACGGAACAUUAAUACAAAUGUACCUUUCCCUUUCCUGAAUAUGAUAUGAAACAGUUGAUAAAGAUCCGUCAAAUUCUUUUUUUUAUUUCAUAUGCAGAAAAUUCACGUUAUGCUACCAUCUUCUGUCCGCAAAAGAAUGCAUUAUUAAGGGGUUUUGGCGAUAAAGUUUGACAAACAAAUAAUGAUAAGGGAAGCUUAAAAGAAAUUUGGGGUAAGCUAGGGUUGGCCAUACAUUUAGGGAGAUGUAUGAAGUAUGUGAAAUAAAACUUAAAAGAAAAACUGGCAGUAAGCUAGGUGGCAAAUAAAAUGAGAGACUUUAUGUCGUGGUUUUUAGAUUUGAAUUGUCACUACAAUUAAAAGUACAGAAAUCUAAGCAGAAAACAUAUUUUUAUACUGUUUUGACAUGUGUUGAUUUAUAAGAUAAAAAUCAUAUUAUCUUAACAAUCUUGUACCAGCGAGGGUAACUUAUCAAUACGUUUGAUAUCGCUUUGUUGCCGGUAAACAAGUGUUGUAGUUGUCAUUUUAUAUCGUUCACAUGUAGUAAUGUACAUCUAGGUGGUGCAACUUCUUUAGUGCGAAUUAAACAAAUAAGGUACUCUUUGUUUAGCGUGAGAUGAUUUAUUUAAGUAAUAUCGUAAAUUUGUUUAAGCAUUUUGAAAUCGUUUUUCACUUAUGGUGUAGCUUUACAUAACACUUAGCAUGAAUAGAAAGUCGUGCAUGAAACAGUUAUACUAAAUAUGCAGUGUGUCAUGUGUCAACAACGAAAAAUAAAUAGUAUAGGAUUUAUAAAAUACUGUAUAUGACGCACUCCUUCCUACAUUUAAACGUAUGUGUAAUUGGUAGUAAUAUGACUCGCACAAAAACAUAAAAUAAACGAACAAACAAAUGAAAUUAAUAGAAUUAAUGACCAACAUAAAAUUUACAUUUGACAUGAUCACAGUUUAUGAGUAUAACGUUGGCCCCACCCAUCUCUCUAAAGUAAUUGAAUAUGUUUGUUUGUUUGCUUGUUUUUGUUGUUGUUGUUUUUUUG